GCCUCGAACCGCAUUUCCCAUUCAUGUCUCGCCUGUUCAGCUUCUUUCUGGAUGUUCGCUGCCGUGUCUGUGUUCUUCAUUUAUCGAAGAAAGAGCAGUCUUCUGCAGCCGUUAUAUCUAUUCUGGGCGCGAUUCCCUAGCUCGUCCAGGGCCCGUCCUCACAGUAGCGCCCACAAGGCACAGCACGAGGGUUUGGCACCACAUCGGGCACCCCGCCCCACCUCCGGCACCCCGCGUCUCGUCUCCGCUCCCGCUUGAUCGUCUCUUCCCCAAUAUAAAGCCAAGACAUCCUCUUAUGUCACAUCCAUUCAUGGCUCUCUACCAAUCCAUUGAGAAUCGACAGGGCACCACUUUUGCCAUUGGCACCACGUUUCCAAAUUCCAGAGAAGCAGUACACACAAAUUAUCAUGCAGCUCGCCACGCUUCUCGCGUUCACAAGCUUUGCAGCCACAGCUGUCACCGCCAGCCCGCUGCCUGAUCGCAUCAGCACCGCUGGCAUCGAUGGUUUUGUAGCUCGCGGACUGAGCGCACAGCACGCUGGCGCUUGGGACAGCAUUCAGCUGCAGCGCAGCCCGGCGGAUCCUGAGAACGCCAAACGCGACGAAAAGCAGACGCUCGCAGAGCGUAUUGUCUACAACCCGCACAUCACCUCGCCCGCUGGAGGGGAGGUCUGGACCGCUGGCUCACAGCAAACAGUCACAUGGGACACGAGCGACCUCCCUGCGGAGCUCGAACAUGCAACUUCGAUGCUCAAGCUUGGCUUCGAACCUGCGGACGGCAGUGGCGGCCUCAACGAGAAAUGGACACUGGCAGACGAUUUCCCAACGCGGGCCGGCACCGUCAGCUUCACCCUGCCAACUGACCUCGAGACACGAAACGACUACAUUGUCGUGCUCUUCGGCGACUCUGGCAACGCAAGCCCACAUUUCACCAUCAACGCGACUCCGGCAGCAAUGCCAAGGAUCGCGAAGGCAAGCGACGACGGCGUGCCAGCUGACGCAGAGGGGCUGCUCAGCAAGAACGUCUCCAUUUACUAGGCGUGGCCCCUUGCAACACAGACGCUCAACUUGAACAAUCGCUAUGCUUUCCUCAAAAAGCACCGUUAGCGUCGACUUGAUGAUCAACGAUGGACCUUCACUCAGCUACAGCCUCCCCUUUCGUUUGACUCCAUUUGUAUCACCACCAACCCCAUAAAUCUCACACGCGAACGGCCAACGAGGCCAAAACAACUCACAAUCAAGACGCACAUCCCCUGUCUGCAGCAUUGCAAGCGCCGCGCUUAGGCAGCGUUCACGGCCGCAGCUGCUCUCGCCUCGAUGCAGUCAGUUCACGCUUCAUAGUCAUAGCCCACUGUCACAUGAAAGCAAUGAAUGCAGACUGCCAUGAG